UGUCCUCCUCCUGCGCUGUCAUCACGUGCAGCCUGCGCGCUGCAGGGUCACGUGGCGUGUCCGGCUCAGCCGCAGAGACUCGUCGAGCUGCCGAGGUGCGACUGCCGCCGGUGAGCCUCCACUGCAGCAGGUGGACACCAUGAACUACGUGGGGCAGCUGGCGGGCCAGGUGCUGGUGACAGUAAAGGAGCUGUAUAAGGGGAUCAAUCAGGCCACUCUGUCAGGCUGCAUCGACGUGAUCGUGGUGCGACAGCCUGAUGGGACGUUCCAGUGCUCCCCGUUCCACGUCCGCUUCGGAAAACUGGGAGUGCUGCGAUCCAGGGAGAAAGUGAUUGACAUAGAAAUCAAUGGGGAACCUGUGGAGCUACACAUGAAGCUCGGAGACAACGGAGAGGCCUUUUUUGUCCAGGAGACAGAACAGCACAACGAGAUCGUCCCGGCCCACCUGCUGACUUCACCCAUCCCCACAGAAGAGGCUCUUUUCAGGAGCAGAGAGGCCAGAUGUGCGGGAGCUGUGACAGAGAACAUUCAGCCUCUGAGUCCAGAAGACCCGACCUCUGGAAACCUGCAAACCUGCUCCACCACCACGGCUGUAAAGAAGAGGAAGAGACGCAGGAGGAAGCACAAAGCCGAGCCACGCAAGGAGGAGCAAACUACACCUGCAGGCGGGGAAGUCGAGCUGUGCGAGCUCAGCUCAGAUGAAGAGCAUAACACGUACAACGGACGGACGUCUUCGCUCUCCAUGAUGAAAGACAACAUGGACCACAGGCAACAGUCCCCCCUCACCGCCCUCGAAUGGGACAGCUACCCUUUCUCUGAUGGAGACUGGUCGCCUUGCACUACCAGGGAGAUGUCCGGGCCCACGUCGCCCAAGAGCGACUCUGAGCUGAUGGUGAAGCCUGGACAGAACAUGCUCAGGGCCGAGGCCCACAUGCAGUGGACCUGGGGAGAGUUUCCAGAAUCCACCAGGGUCAAUAAAAAGGACAAAUCCGAGCCAAAGACUUUGACCAUCACUCCCUCUGAGAACACACAUUUCAGGGUGAUCUUGAGCACAGAAGCCAUGGAGGAAGAGUCGAGGGAAGGAGAGAGAAGCACAGAUCCUGUUUGCAGUAUUGUAAAACCAGAGCCCCGGACCAUCAAAGUCGACCUGUGCAGCUGCAAACCACAACCCCCCGAAGCUUCAUCACACAGUGCAAACAUUAUCAAGCCAGAGCCAGACCUUUCAAAUAUAAUCUCUAGCAGGUUUACCUCCGAACCAUGUCCCACUAACUCUGAUCUCGGCACAAAACCCAUGCACAAGAGGUGGACGUCUUCACCGCCCAGCCGCAGGGACAGCGGCUCGGCUGCCAGUGGGAGCGGUAACAUGGCAGGAGACUCCUCGAAACCUACCGACUCCCCCAUCAAGAGGAGAGGUGUGAGGAAGAGGAGUCAACAUCAGGGGCCUGAAGAUAUUUACCUGGAUGACCUGAACGCUCUCGAACCCGAUGUUGUUGCCCGUUACUUCCCAAAAAGUGAGUCUGAGCAGGUUCCUAAACACUGGGUCGAGAUGGGGAGGCGCUCUGGAUCUCAGUCGCCCCAGUCUGUCGGCAGCGCGGCAGCAGACAGCGGCACCGAGUGCCUGUCCGACUCCGUUGGCGACCUCCCUGACGUCACGCUGUCGCUGUGCGGAGGUGUUGGUGAGAACUCGGAGAUCUCUAAAGAUAAAUUCAUGGAGCACAUUAUCACCUACAAUGAAUUUGCAGAGAAUCCAGCAAUAAUCGAUAAUCCCAAUCUGGUGGUUAGAAUCGCAAACAGGUAUUACAACUGGACACUGGCAGCGCCGCUGAUACUUUGUAUGCAGGCUUUUCAGAAGAACUUACCAAAGGCUACAGAGGAGGCCUGGGUGAAGGAGAAAAUGCCCAAAAAGUCUGGACGCUGGUGGUUCUGGAGAAAGAGCAGCGUAAAGCAGUUGUCAUCAGAGGCAAAGUUAGAGAGGCAGGAGUCUCUAACCAGCGAGAGCCCUGCCCUUCACCAGGCCCCAGAAACACAACAGAAAGCAGCAGAGUGGUCCAGCGACGACGAGACUAAAGAGCUGAACGCUGUGGCACCUGCUCUGAAACCUACUGAGCAUGUGCAGACAGAAGGCCCUGCUCCGGCGCCUUGUCACUCCUACAAGAAGUCCCUCCGCCUGUCGUCUGACCAGAUAGCGAGCCUGAAGCUAAGAGACGGGCCUAAUGGUGUCACCUUCAGCAUAACCACUCAGUACCAGGGCACAUGUCGCUGCGAGGGCACCAUCUACCUGUGGAACUGGGACGACAAGGUCAUAAUCUCGGACAUCGACGGCACCAUCACCAAAUCAGAUGUGUUUGGUCAUAUUUUGCCUCAGCUUGGGAAAGACUGGACUCAUCAAGGAAUUGCAAAGCUUUACCACUCCGUGCACGAGAAUGGUUACAAGUUCCUGUACUGUUCGGCCCGAGCGAUCGGCAUGGCUGAUAUGACCCGAGGAUAUCUGCACAGGGUGAACGACAGGGGGACUCUCCUGCCUCAAGGACCCCUCAUGCUCUCCCCCAGCAGCCUCUUCUCUGCCUUCCACAGAGAGGUCAUAGAGAAAAAGCCUGAGAAGUUCAAGAUCGAAUGCCUCACCGACAUCAAGAACCUGUUUUUCCCAAACAUGAGUCCCUUCUAUGCGGCUUUUGGAAACAGAGAGAGCGACGUGUUUGCCUACAAACAAGUGGGCGUGCCUGUGUGUCACAUAUUCACAGUGAAUCCCAAAGGAGAGCUAAUCCUCGAGCAAGCCAAAGGCAAUAAAACAUCAUACAGCCGUCUGAGUGAGCUUGUGGAGCAUGUUUUUCCUUUACGGAGUUCACAACACAACGUCACCUUUAGCUGCCCGGAGUUCAGCUCCUUCUGUUUCUGGAGACAACCCAUCGCUGAAGUGUGUUUGGAGGAGCUGCUUUAACUGUUUAAUUACUUGAAAUCAACGACUGUAUGCACUGGUUUAAUACCGAUAAGUCUUUCUGUAAGGCCACUGAAGUAGUUUGGACACAUUCCACUUCAGUGAAAAAGUUUGGGAUGUUAAUGUAUCCCAUGUAUUCUCAUUUAGGAUCUUCCACUUGCAGAGUUUUUUCUUUGUGUUGUUAAGAGGCGU